CCUCUGUUAAGCCACACCCACAGACCUCUCUGAAUGGCCAUAACGAUUUAUAUGUAAAACUCUUCUCGCUCGUUAUUGGUCCUCAUUCUGUUUUGGGACAUUUCGUGAGUUAUGUUGUAUGAAAGUUUUGGUAGAUCGAAAAGUUGGUGAAAUUGAGAUUGGGGCUGAUGAAUUGGUGAGCUCACUCAACUGAGGAGACAUACUCACACCACAAUGUCUGGGGCCCAGGAGCACAAGAGAAGGCAACCCCCGAAAAUGUACUUGGUGGUAUCCAACCAAAAGAUUCAGGACCAGUUGGAAGGUACCAUUCGACUGCUACGGGGGAACCUCUGUCAGGAGCAAGAGGGGGGAAGGAGCAGGGGUGACCAACUGUGGGUAAAGGUGUUAGACUAUGGUUGUAUGGUAAAGAUUGACAAACAGCUCCUUAUAGAAGUCCCCACCGACCUGACCGGCCUAUUGGAGCCUGUAUCUGAUCCGGAGUCCCGCCUCAAUUUGCUCAUUAACCCCAAGCAACUUUACCGAUUGGCUGCCUUGCCCCUAGGCACCCCCCUCUAUGUCCAGAUGGGCCAACCAGGAGAGCUGGCGGAGGCGGAGCUGAGGUAUCGAGGACCGCUGACCAGAGGAAGUACUGCUGUGUUGUUUGGGGUGCAGCUGAAGGACUCAGCAGUGGGUAGAGGCAACAGUAAUGGUUCUUACAAAGGCCACCAGCUCUUCACCUGUCCCGAAGCCUCCGCCCUCUUCCUACCGGCCAAUCAGAUCAGGCUACGACGCUGGUCCCGUGCCAAUGACGACCAUCACAACAACGCUCUUCAACCUCAACCCCCCAUUGGUAACAUCAUUGCUAGAACGGCUGAAUCGUCUCCCAGCCUGGCCCCAGUCCCAGUCCUGGCUCGAAACCCCAGCUCCCCACCUCCCCUCCAGGUGGGCCACAGAGUGUGCUUCCCCCUGGAGGAUACUGUCCAUGGGGGAGAGGUGAGGUUCUGUGGGGCCCUGCCUGGACGGACCUCCACUGGGGUGUUUGUAGGAAUCCUGCUGGACAAUGCGGUUGGUAACUGGGAUGGUUCAUAUAAAGGAGAAAAGUUGUGCUCCAUCUCCUCUUCUGUGUAUGGUUGCCUGCUACCCAUCUCCAAGGUGUCCCCUGAACCAACAAGGUCACGCCGCCACACUCCUCCCCUCCGGAACCCCAAACCGGUCCUCAAACCCACCCAACCACCUGCCCCUGUAUCCUCACCUGCCUCCACCCCAAAGAUCGCUCUGAUGCCCCCCCAACUCCUCUCAGCCAAACUGGCCUUAAAACCUCCACCCCUCCUCAGCCCCAAACCUUUCACGAAACCUCACCCCCUUCCCCCAACCCCUCCCACCAUCAAACCCCAAACUCUGCCCUCCCCGACCGCCACUGAUCAACCACAGCUCUUGAACGGUUCGCCCGGUCCCCUCUCUCCGGGUCGAGGUGACGGAUUGGACACUGAGGAGAACGGAGAUGCGGGAUUGGAAGUUGAGUUGGAGGUGGGGUCCAUGGUGGAGGUGAAUGACCCGCCCCUUUUUGGAGUGAUUCGUUGGAUUGGACGAAUCAGUGGAGUUCCACAACUGGUGUCAGGAAUCGAACUGGACCAGGAACUGACCGCUGGAACAGACGGCAGUUACCUUGGCGAACGCCACUUCCGUUGCCCUGCCAACAAGGGGCUGUUCGUCAAACUCCGGAACUGUAGGCGGGAUUCCAGAUUCCCUGCCCCUGAGACACCGGUCAAUCAGGUGGAGCGCUGCAACUCCAUAGCGUUUGCCGAGUGGGGCAGUGAGCGUGUCGAGGAGCACACCCCUCCAGUCCAGGGGGACGAGGCCAGAGAUAUGUACCAGGGCUGGAAGAGAGGCAUCCAGGGCCACCUCAACUCCUGCUACCUGGACGCCUCACUAUUCAGUCUGUUUUCGUGCUGCAGUUCAGUAGACUGGGUGUUGCUGUGGCCCUCGAACCCCUCAGACGGCCCCCACUGCAGCCAAGCCCAGGACCUGCUUCGCUGUGAGAUCGUCAACCCCCUACGCAGGUUUGGCUAUGUAUGUGCCAGUAAAACCAUGGCCCUGAGAAGACUACUGGAGGCUGAGAGUAGUGACACAGGCUUCACCAACCAGGAGAAAGACCCAGAAGAGUUCCUCAACAAGCUUUUCCAGCUCCUCCGGGUCGAACCUCUUCUGAAGAUCAGGUAUACUUUCUCUCCCUCUCUCUCUCUCUCUCUCUCGCUCUCCUUCCCUUCCCCCCCCUCUCUCUCUCUCUCUCUCUCUCUCGUUCUCUUAUUCUCUGUUACACACACUUUCUCUCCUGCUCCCCCUCAUUCCUUUCAGGUCAGUGACACAGAAGCAGCAGCCUCAGGAGUGUCACCUCUACCAGCUCUUCCCUCCAUCCGUUCCCCUCUCUCCCUCUUCCCCUGUCCCUCUGUCUCCGUCCCUCUGUCCCAUCCCUCUCUCCUCCCCUGCAGUACUCAUGAGGGUGGCCAGUGUUCAGACUCUGUUAGAGAAAUCUUUCCUCCACGCGGGACUAAAGUUUGCUGAGGCCCCUUCCUGCCUCCCCCUCCUCAUGCCUAGGUUUGGGAAGGACUUCAAGAUGUUUGACGUCAUCUUGCCUUCACUCACCAUCGACAUCACAGACCUGCUGGAUGACACUCUCAGACAGUGCAGUAUUUGCCAGGCCGUAGCAGAAUGGGAGUGUCUCGAGUGUUAUGACGACUUGGACAUCACACCUGGUCAUCUGAAACAGUACUGCCACACCUGCAACACUCA